UAAAAUCGUUUGUUUUAAACAAUAUCAACAAUGACUGACAAAUCUAAAGUCGAAGAGAAAGUGUCGUCCAAUUGGAAUGUCUUCGACAAUACAUUUUCAUUGUCUCUAUGGAUGACACUUGAGUUGUCUGUACUCUACUUCUUCACAACGAUUCUCAUAUUCUGUGGUCUCUAUGCCUAUGUUUGGUCCAUACAAACAGUUGGAUUGUUAGCUAUAAUGCACUUGAUUGCCAUACCUGUCGGUCAUAUCGGUGUCCGCUAUAAUAAACGACUACUUGUGCUCUUGAGUUUGCUGUUGUGUGCCGUUUGGUUCAUACUUAUCAUUGUAUAUGUUGUAGUAUUCAGUAUUGUCGACUCUGUUAAAGAUUCGUUUGUCAACCGAUCUCUACAUCAUUUAACACUUUUUGUUUAUUUUGUGCUCAACUUUAUUAUCAUAGUAUUGCUAUCGAUAAACAUUAUUACCGACAAACAACAAAAUGCGGACAAACAACAACAGGUUAUUAAUGUGACCGCCGGUAGUAAAGAUAAGAUAACAACUACAAAGUCCAACAAAAAUUUGCAAAAAUAA